CACAACAUCCGUACCUCAUUUGCAUUCUGUUGUUUUGUAUUGUGUUUGUGUGUCCCUUGAAAAUUAUCCAUUAAAAUGCAGUGCAUUGAGACACUAGAGCUCGAUAGAUUUCCAUCCCAUAUGGUAUAGCCUCUAUCUGCCUUGUUAUCUAUCCUCGUUCUAUGACAAGGCGAUGAUACGCUAGGCGACUUGGGCUUCCUUUACGCCUGAUCGCUGCUAAAGAAUUGGGCAGUUUUUUAAGUCGCUGUACAUUUUGCUACCAUCAGUUUUUUACGCCUAUAAUUCACAAAGAAUGUUACCCUUUUUUAGUCCAUCUGAAUUUUGCGCUAGUAUAAAUAACGCAAUUUCCCGCGAAUAAGUAACAACGCAUACUUAUCCUGUAAAUAAUCCGAUCGUAACAACAUGUGACAUUUCUGCACGCCCUAAUCUUCAUGGCUUAUGGUUUACGCAUUCCCACAGAGGUACGACAGUCGGGUUUCAGGCCUUUUAUCUUACAUGAAGAAACUGUUUUCUUCGGCAGCGAAAGAACACGCGACAUAGAACCGGCAAUUGAGAGUAUUAUUUGAUAGGAUAAAAAUCCAACUCGAGUUAGACCUUUGAUAUGGCAGCUCCUUCGACAGCCAAGUCGUCACCGGAAAAGGCUAUCCUAGCCAGAAAUGGUAACCAACUUAAUCUCCCAAAAAAGCAGAUAAGAUUUAUGCUGGAGCCCGAUGGAAGGGCAGUCAACAAAGUUCAUAAAAAAGUCCAACGGGUGGCCUCACGACCCUUGAAGUUGAACCCUAUGUUUGCCAGAAGAACUAAGCAUGGAGGAGAUUCAAAGCCGCUGAAAUUUUUGGAAGUUUAUAAUUACUUUGUGCCCAAACCGAGAAGAUCUAAAGAUAUCUGUUGCGCUAUGCCCAUGGGAAAAUAUCACGAAUUGCUAAUGAAAGGUAAUACAGAAAACCAUAUUGAUUGUGCACUUUGGGAAGCGGCAAAGCAAACAGAUAAUAAUGAUAAUCUGAACAAGGCUGUCCGUCCGGACAGUGGCUUAGGGUACAGUGACCAAGAAUCCGACCAGUUGUACGUUUUUGCGGAUAGUAAAGGGAAAGUGCAGGUUUCCAGACAACACGAAAAUCAAGCUACCACACGCAUGAUUAAACCCCAAUGGGGUCUUACUUCUUUCGAUAACAAAACUGUCGCAUUUAAAACAUUAACAGAGAGCAUUGGCAAAGAAGCAGAGGAGAUAGAAAAGGAAGUGCUGGUCCAGAAAACAGUAGACCACGCGAAUGGUGAGGUUGUGAAUGCGUCUUUAGAGUGCGAUGAUCGUUCGUCUGGAAACGAUGAAAGGGUAAGCAAUGAGCACAGCAGGCGUGACAAAACGCCAUCUCGCAUAAUCGACAGCUCAUCCAUCACUGAUCAAUCUUUACCGCGCACCCCAGAGAAUCUAGGAGAAUCGGACAUCAAGAAAAAGGAAAAAAUGAAUGUAAUCGUUAAUGGAGUAGAUGUUCAAACUCAGACAUUGCCGCAGCCGUAUGGUCAAAUCAAUGCGCACGACUCAGGGGGCACUGGUUAUAUUUCACAGUUAAGUGAUUGCCGUGAUGUUCAUAUAUCUAGCGCUAUUUCGGGGGCUAGUGGGACUGCUGAAUGCAAACAGUACUCACACACGGAGCAGGAGAACUUUGUGUAUAUGAGAUACGACCGCGGUCUUCAGCCGCGUAGUUCAUGCUUAGAGGGAGAUAAAAUGAUUCCGACACGGGUAGACUAUCGUUCUGGAUCCAAACGCAGUUCAUAUACUAAAAAUAACGGUAGAAACGACUUACACCGUGAUAUGGUAACGGUGUCUGGUUCAAGUAUACCAAAUGGAUUGGGUUAUUUGGGGAAUUCGAUCGAGUCUGAUGCCGGUGAUUACUUGAGACCCAACAGCGGCUUGGAUUCCAAAGGUCAGAUCCCAAACUCAUUCAAAGCGGGCACAAAUGGCGGAAUAAACGGCCAUUGUAUCAGUCCUUCUAGUGCCAUCAACAUUAAAGCGCUCCAUAAUGUCACUAAUACAAAAGGCCGGUGCAACGAUGGGUAUAUGGACUUGACCUGUGGCCCGUACCCUAAGGACAGUCAUCAGCAUACUCUUCCAGUCUGCGAAAACAAUAGUUAUGCUGGAGUUAUUGAGCUGGAAAACCUAUUUGGUGGCAGUCUUGAAAGAUAUGAUACGUGCCUGCCUGUGUCAAGGUGUACAAAUGCAAGUCUGUCUACUGUGAAUUCAGCUGGAUAUACAGACACAAGUCGACAAUUUGCAUCUGCAGACCGGUCCACUGUGAUCUCGGCCGAGUAUAACGACCCACGUCCCCGCUAUUUCCCUACCCAGGGGCUCAGCGACUCAUCGCCCGUUGAAUCACAUGGAAGACAAAGUACUUUCUUUGAAAAUAAGAGCCUCACAGCGCGCGCAUUUGAGAAUAAGGGGUGGAGGGGUACAGGGCGUGGCCGCACCAGUGAAGUGUCCAAUAGUUCUUGUUUCGACAGAGUACCGACUACCAAAGAGCGAGAGAGUGUUUGCGAGAGUGUAAUAGUCAAUAUGAAAGCUAGGUCAACAGUUAUAAAAGAUAUCGACACAAGAGAGGAGAUCAAAUUGAGUUCAGGAGAGUCAAACUAUGUAGUUAUAAAAGAUACCCAGGCAGAGAAAGAGCGUGCAGAAGACAUGCAUUGUUAUGAUGAGAUAUAUAGUCCGUGUAUCCAGUUUGACCGAAGCUCAAAGCGCGGAGACCAAGAGGUUCACUGUGCGGAUCUAACCGGUUCUAAUAAGAGAAGCCCUUCACCCGACCCUGCCCUUAGAUACAACUGCGAUUGGCCAGGAUGUUACAAGUCGUUUCGUCAUCGCUCCUUCAUGGUACUGCACAAGCGCAUUCACACGGGCGAAAAGCCGUACCAGUGCCAAUGGGCGGGAUGCGAAAAACAAUUCCGUCGUUCGGACGAGUACCAGCGCCACUACCGCGUUCACACAGGAGUCAAACCGUACCCAUGCGGGUUGUGUAGAAAGAGGUUUAAACGCUCCGACCACCGGCUAUUUCACUACAGGGCUAUUCAUGGCAUUUCUAAGCCUAUAGACGCAAAUAGAAAAUCAGAAAAACUUGUGAGAACAGAGGCUUAAAGCAAUCACGCUCUUUAACUAAAGGAUUAUCCUUGGCCUGUCACUAGGAAAUCAGAGAAACUAGUAAAAACAUAGGCGAACACCCGGCUCUUUCACUCAAGGGCUUACCUUGUCCUAUCUAAGAGUAGGCAAUCACAAAAUUGGUUUCAACAUACGCCUUAUUGAUUAUCCGGCUGUUACACUUGAGAGCUAUUCCUAUCCUUCCUGAGGCCUGUAAACGCUAAUCUAUAAAGUCGCAAAAAUUCGUUGAAACACAAGCUUAGGCCUAGAUUAAACGGCGUGCCAGGGUCGCAUUAUCGUGCGGCUCUAGAAAAGUUCGAAAGAUAAUGCGAUGUUAGCGCGACGUUUAUUGCGCACGAGGAAUUAAUGAGGAGGUCGCACCAACUUUCUGACGCAAGUGGGCUAGUCGGAUAAUGCGACUUUGGUACGGCGAGGAAUGAAACGGUGCUCCAAGGUCGCACCAGUCAUAACGAUUACAUUAAGUAGAUUAGUUUAUGAUCAAUGCGAAUCGUUUUGGUUGAACAAAAGUAAAAAAAGGAGCUACCCGUGCAGAAUAUUAUUGACUCCCCCGUUCUUCGCGCAUGCGCCAAAUCGACAAUAACUCCUGAGACCCCGUAUGUAGCCUGAGACCCCGUAUGUAGCCCCCUUGCCUCGCACUUUUCAGGCAAUUGUGAAAAUGGCGGGGUUUCGGAAACCAUUACCUGAGGACUCGACGGGUCGGGUACAGAUGUGCAGCUCUUGUUUCGGGGACACAAAAUAUGUGCAUUUCAUGCGAAAUGCCGUCUUGUAAUUAAAAAAAAAAAAACAGAAGACGCAGCAGGAGUCGUCGCCUUUUCUUUAUCCAAUCUAUUACGCCAUGUAAUAAACUUAUUCCUAUUAGACCAUAUUGCUCUGACCAAGAAGGCUUUUCUAGUGAUUUCUAGUCUUCGUGUUUUGUCCUCCAUUUUAGCGUCGUAAGACAAAGCAGCAUGUAUUUUGUGCCUAAUGACUAUAUUGUUACACUCCAUACCCAUGGGAGUUAACAAACAAAAAGUUCGACGAACCUCUACCGAACCAGAACGGUGCGACUCUGGCACGCCGUUUAAUCUAGGCCUUAAAGUACUUGGACUCCACAGAGCUAUAGAUAAAUAUGUGUGUUUAACACACUUGGUAGAAGAGUUGGUACUAUACCAGGACACAAUCUUGUUUUACAUACAAUAUCUUUGUAUUUAUUAUGUAUUUAUUUUUUGCGUUUAUCGUCCAAAUUAAAAAAGUUUUAAAGAGA